UGCUCCGUAUAGCUCAGUAAACUACAAACCCCGGCCACACCGCGCGCGACCGCGGGUAUAUAUGUGCGCGGUGUAGCUCUGCGGGUUUUGCACAAAAUAUAGGAACGUGUAAGUCUUUGUAAGCCUUGGCAUAGGUUUCCUCAGGUGGAGAAGCCAGGAUAGCAGCUGGAGAGGCAUGAGAAAUGGGAAGGCAAAAGAAACUAUGUAUAUAGAAAUGCCCUUAGGACUACUACCUAGCUACCUCGACUUGAACCUGCUUGAGAAGAGUAUACGAAUAUCUGAGUACAUGAAUGACCACACCACUAACAGUUGUAUAUUACACUACGGGGGGCAGAGUGAAAUUGUUUGAUUCUUGCUUGCUGUUUCUGUACCAGGCUAGCUAUAACCUAGAUUUCUCAUGACCAUGUG